GAGAUUAGAGAUGCUGAGAAUCAUUUACUCGAAAAAUUAUACGAUUAAAAAAAAAACCUUAAAGCAACCAUGGAAAAAUAAGGAUGACUGAUCCAAGCACCAUCCCCUUCUCUAUUCUUCCUCACCUACCGCAAGCAAUCAUCCAAUUUAUAUUUUCAUCUGGACCUUGGGAUUUCCCAUCAGAUCCAAUUUCGUCAUAGCAGCAUCUCCACCAGAUCCGAUCAUCUUGAAGCUUCCAACAGCACCUCUUCAACAUUCGGGGCAGAACUUCAUCUUCUCCAUAUUCCGGCGAUUUUGACAGCAUCUCGUUAUUUGUUCGAUCCUUUAAUGCGUUGAUUUGAACAUUUGAUUGUUAGUAUGAGCAUGCUGAUGGUUGAUUAUAAUUGGUUGAUUCCCCAUGUUUUAGAUUUCAUAUACUUAGUUUUGAUUGGUUGAUGCUCGCAACGUGUUCGCUCAAAUGACCUUACAAUUUGUUCACUCUUGUUAAUGCACUUCAUUCAUUUAAUUCAUGCUUGUCUUGUUUUGUUGCUCUUCAUUUAGAUGCAAUUUGAUGAGGUUCGGUUAGGUUUUUGCUAAAUGCUCUAGGUUGAUUAGACGCUUCCUUUAUGAUGCUCUUGAUUUCUUUUCGAUCGUAGUUUAGGUUAGAUUUGAUUUCCUUUACUCACAUUGUCUUUCAGUUAUUAGGGUUAGUUUUAUACGUGCAUUGCUCUUUAUUUGUUAGUUUAGUCCCAAAACCCAAACCCUCAUUUCCAUAACAAAAAUCCCAAAAGCAAUAACAUUAGUUCCUAAGUUUAUCACUCUACCAUUACAUUCCUUAUGAGAGAUGAUCUGGGUCAUUACCUAUGCUAUCUUAGUGUAGAGAGGAGUUUCGGUAUUUUAUUAUUUGAUACACAUUUCACGACAAAAUUGGAUUUAUCAAGUUGCCGUCGUUGCCGGGGAAUGUUCGCAAUGUUUGAUAUUCUUAGGAUUAUUCUCUAUUUUAUAAACUAAAAAAAUUGUUUGGGUGUCUUGAUGUCUAUUGUAUCCAUGUGUUUUGCAUUAUAUGUUUCCUGUGUCUUUGAUCUUGUGUGCUAAUAUUUCAGGUAAGACCAGGAAUUUCCUUUUAUGAGUGACCAUGGAUCCAUAUUCUCAGAAGUUUGAAGAUAGAAGGGUGAGUAAGUUAGAUGAAAUAACUUUCCAUCUCAUACAGUAUGUUGCAAUUGCAACAGCAACAUACCAUACAACCUCAGUGUUACCAGCCUAAACCUUAGUAUUAUCAGCACGAGCCUCCAUAUUAUUAGCCUGAUUCUCAAUACCACCAGCCCUAUCAGUAGAACAAGUGUGAUUCAUUUUCGGACACAUAUAAUUCUAAUUGGAGGGGUUAUUCGGAUUUCAGGUAUGGGAACACAGAGCAGUGUAUUUAUGAGCAACCUCAAUGAUACCGACUUCCACAACACUGCAUGUAUGAUCCAGUUCCCAAUGCAUAUAUGCCUGAUUGGAGAGAUCAUCCAGAUUAUAUAUAUGGGGAAUACAAUAACAGAAUACUCAGACCUUCCCAACAUACCAAAGUUCAUUUGGAUUUCAGGACGACCUAGUGCCUAUUUGAUCUAAACUCUAAACCAUUUCAGCAAGUCGAGCCAAUGUUCUCAGGCUUCCCAGCAUACCAGAGUUCAUUUGGAUUUCAGGACGACCCAGUGCCUACUUAGUCUAAACCAUUUUAGCAGGUCAAGCCAAUGUUCUCGGAUACAUUCGAGGGCUCUAAUGAAGAAACCCUUAGGCAAGGAUUUGAAGAGAUCAUGCAUGAAUUAAUUUUACAUAUGCAACAACAAGCCACUCUUAACCUUCAGUUCCAACGGCAAAAUGAUGCAAGGAUACAAGAUUUACAAAUACAAUUAUAUCAUAUUGCAUUAUCCAUCAGCUAGCUACAAGCACGAGACUCCUCUAGUUUUUUGUGUUGUGAUGUUAUAGUUGUAGAUAAUUCUGAUGAUAUUAUUGUUGCAAAUUCUGGAAGCAAAACUUUGGCUGACACUGUUGAUAUUAUAGGAAUUGAAGUUGUUGAUAAUGAAAGUGUAGUGACUUGCAUAGUGGAAGCAAUGCCCCAAAAAUCACCUCUUUUAGUUGCACCAUCAUCUAAACCAAAUGUUGAUGAGGAGAUUAUAGGGACUUGUGCUGUGGAGGCAAGGACCCAAGAAUCAUUUCCUUCAGUUAUACCAGCACCUUAGCCAGAGCCAACAUCACAAGAGGAAGUCAUAUCCCUUCUAGAACCUUUAGGUACCUAUGUUUAGUAUUUCUUUUGAUUUUUUGAAAAAUUCCAUGGAGGUACCUAUAAUUGAUUUUAUUGGAUGUGAUUCAUUUUUUGAUGCAUGUUGUGUAGAGAUUGAUUCUAUUUCAUCUAUUUCUUACCCUACAUGCGUGUAGGAGGUGCUCUCUUUUCUUGGCCUUGUAGGUUGGCAAAAAUCAAGCUUCCGAAGUGGGUGCUCCAAUUGAACGACCUCCGACCUUCGGGAAGUACUUUCAAAGAGCAUAGGAUGAAGGGAGCAGUCAUGACUUCAACAUAUAGCAUUCCACUUCCAGAGUGGAUUUUGUACCUUAACCAACUCCAACCACCGGAAAGGACUAUUCCAUUACUGUCAUGGAUUUUGUUUUUAAAUCUCCUACAACCACUUGGAAUAAAAGGGAGGAUUGAACUCAAGUUAGACCAAAUUGAACCUAAAGCCGCGAGUCAAGGAAAAGUCCAAUCUAAAGAAAUUUGAGUCGUUAGAUCAAAUUUGAUGUAAAUUAAUCAAAGGGCUCAGAUCUAAUUAAUUUUGGUCGUUCAUCAAGAUCUGGCUAAGUUUGGUCAAUCUGUGUAGAUUUGAGAUGAUCUGAGUCGCUCAUUUUGAUCCAACCAUCUUAACCUUCAAUGGGGACUUGUUUGAUCUAGAUCAUCCAUUUGGAUUGCAUAUGAUCCGUGAGCUCAGAUCUAGAAGAAUCUCAGUCGUCCAUUCAAAUGCAAUUCAAAUGCGAAGCUAUACAAAUUUCACGAAGCAAAGUGGAUGACGCCACUACCUCUUCAUCCAUCGUCGAUCGGAGCUUCCUCAUCCUCAUCUUCUCAUUUCACAGACACGUACAAGGAUUCCACCUGAUGCCAUCACUACCGAGAGCCCUCUCCCGAUCCUUUAAUGCAUUGAUGUGAACAUUUGAUUGUUAGUAUGAGCAUGUUGAUGGUUGAUUGUAAUGGGUCGAUUCCUCAUGUUUUAGGUUUUACAUACUUAGUUUUGAUUGAUCCCUACAAUUUGUUCACUCUUGUUAAUGCACUUCGCUCAUUUAAUUCAUGCUUGUCUUGUUUUGUUGGAUCCAUUAAGUUUGUGCUCUUCAUUUGAUGUAAUUUGAUGAGGUUAGAUUAGGUUUUUGCUAAAUGCUCUAGGUUCGUUAAACAUUUCUUUUAUGAUGCUCUUGAUUUCUUUUCAAUUGUAGUUUAGGAUAGACUAUGUUUCUUUUACUCUGCAUCGUCUUUCUACUAUUAGGGUUAGUUUCACAAUUGCAUUGCUCUUUAUUUAUUAGUUUAGUCCCAAAACCUAAGCCCCCAUUUCCAUAACAAAAAUCCCAAAAGCAAUAACAUUGGUUACUAAGCUUAUCACUCUACUAUUAAUAUUAUUUGCUAACUAUUCAGGAUUAAUUGGAUUUAUCAAAUAUACAGCGCGAAGCAUGUCUUGAUUGUUGCAUCUGUGAGAGGCAGAUCGUCGCAGAACAGAGUGAGUUGUUUAUCUUCUGCAAGAUGAAAGCUUUCUACGGUGCUUUUGAUUCGUAUCCAUGGCUUCUUUGACGCGUUCUUGAGCAGAAAUCAAUGGCCGAUCAUUUCCAUUCCAUGAAGAUGGCGAGUAACCCUAACCUUACUUGCCCCGAGUGCAGGAAGAUCUUCCCCUCGGAAAAGUCGAUGUACGGACACCUGAGGUCCCACCCGGAGCGAGACUACCGAGGAGUCAAUCGACAGGCUCCAACGGCGAAGAAGAACAGAAAAACGCCGGCGAAAACGAGAAGAGAUCGUGCUGCGACCACUUCCGACGGCAACGACAUAGACCCUGAGGUCGUCGCCGCCUUGCUGCUUCUCUCCGACCCGGACCGGCUUCUGGAACCUCCAAGAUCCGGUUUUAAUGACCGGAACGCGCUCGAUUUGGACGGAUACCAGCCGGAACCAACUCGCCGGAAGAUUGAUUCGUCCGGGAAUCGAAUCUACCGAUGCGAUACCUGUUUCAAGGUUUUCUCUUCUCACCAAGCGCUCGGAGGGCACGUGGCCAGCCACAACAAGAACAAGAUCGUCGCCGCUGCCUCGAUCCAUCCCGGUGAACCAGAGAAGGGAGCGGCGAUCCCAGAGCACAAGUGCAAGCUAUGCGGUAUGAUCUUCUCGAGCGGCCAGGCCCUCGGCGGCCACCAGAGGCGGCACUUCAAAGAACUGUGCCACCGUCGAGCGGCGUCGCCGUCGGCUCUGUCCAGCGGAGGAGACGAGAUCGCGAGCAAUCAAGCUUCUGCUUCGAGCCCGGAGACUGAGGAGGAGGGACCGGCGAAGCGCCGUGACUUCGACCUCAACAUGGAGCCGUUCCUCGAAUGACGAAGAAUAUUCCUUUUCAUUCUUUUGCGACGUUUUCUCAGAUUUGCAAUAAGCGCCGGUAGUUUUUGAAUCCUUACAAACAAGUCCUCUAUUACCCUAUUUGUUUUUUUUUUCUUUUCUAGCAAACUCGCGUUAAACCUUUUUCUAUCGCUUUUAUACUAA